UUGGACCUGCCGGUUUGUCUUGACGCGGCUUGAGCGGUGCGAGCCCGAGGACGUGUUUCAACAGAUGGUUAGGGUUUGGUGUGUGUCAUCACAUCGAAGAAAGGAUUAGAGGAGGAAGGUUGUCCUCCGGGAGCUGUGUGGUCCCCACUUACAACACACAGCGCAGCUUCAGGAGGGGGAGAGAGAGACCAAAAGUGAAGACAGUCUUCGCUUCGUGUCUGCAAGAAGAGACUUUUCCCGCACCAGUGUGUCAGGUUUCCUUGGAAAAAGCUCCGGAGUGCAGCAGCAGCGUCGUCAUCUCCCUCUUCCAUCAUGAAGUCUGCGAGCCUGGCAUGGCUUUUGCUCUUUGCCCUGGCCGCUCCGCUGUCCUGCUCAUCCGCAACCACAUGGAGUCAAAGUCUUAGGGGGCGGGCACAGCGCGACCGCCGCAAUAUCCGUCCCAAUAUCAUCCUCAUCAUGACGGAUGACCAGGACGUAGAGCUGGGCUCGUUGCAGGUGAUGAAUAAAACUCGCAGGAUCAUGGAGGAAGGUGGCACAAUGUUCACAAACGCUUUUGUGACGACGCCCAUGUGCUGCCCGUCCCGCUCGUCCAUGCUGACGGGGAAGUACGUUCACAACCACAACACGUACACCAACAACGAGAACUGCUCCUCUCCGUCAUGGCAGGCCCAGCAUGAGCCUCGCUCCUUCGCCGUCUACCUCAACAACACGGGCUACAGGACGGCUUUCUUCGGGAAGUACCUCAACGAGUACAACGGGAGCUACAUUCCUCCUGGGUGGCGAGAGUGGGUGGGACUCAUCAAAAACUCCCGCUUCUAUAAUUACACAGUCUGCCGGAACGGCUACAAGGAGAAGCACGGAGCCGAGUACACCAAGGACUACUUCACAGACUUGAUCACCAACGAUAGCAUCAACUACUUCCGCAUGUCAAAGCGCAUGUACCCACACCGGCCGGUUAUGAUGGUGAUCAGUCACGCGGCGCCUCACGGUCCAGAAGAUUCGGCUCCCCAGUACGCCGAGUUCUUCCCCAACGCCUCCCAGCACAUCACACCCAGUUACAACUAUGCUCCUAACAUGGACAAGCACUGGAUCAUGCAGUACACGGGCCCCAUGAAGCCUAUCCACAUGGAGUUCACCAACUUCCUUCAGAGGAAACGACUGCAGACUCUGAUGUCUGUGGAUGACUCUGUGGAAAAGAUAUACAAUGCACUAGUGGACACAGGGGAGUUGGACAACACCUACAUCAUCUAUACAGCGGACCAUGGUUACCACAUCGGUCAGUUCGGUCUGAUCAAGGGGAAGUCGAUGCCAUACGACUUUGAUAUAAGAGUCCCGUUCUUUGUGAGGGGGCCGAAUGUGGAAUCUGGAGCCAGAAACAAUCACCUUGUUUUAAACAUUGAUCUGGCUCCCACGAUCCUGGACAUCGCAGGCCUGGAUACUCCAUCGGAUAUGGACGGGAAGUCCGUUCUGAAGCUUCUAGAGCAGGAGAAGUCUAACAAUAGAUUCAAACUGAACCGCAAACCUAAAGUCUGGAGGGAUACAUUCCUUGUGGAGAGAGGCAAAAUCCUGCGCAAGAAAGAGGAGACGACGAGCAGCGUGAGCACGGCGCAUACCAACAGCCUGCCCAAGUACAAGAAGGUCAAGGAGACGUGCCAGCAAGCCGAGUUUCAGACGCCAUGCGAGCAGCCUGGACAGAAAUGGCACUGCGUGGUGGACGUUACGGGGAAGUGGCGUCUGCAGAAGUGUAAGGGAAGCCUUAAGGCAGCGUCCAGGAAAAGGACACGCAGCCUGAGAAUGCGCUCAUACGGCGGCCGGGGGAGAGAGUGCCACUGCGACGACAGAGCAUAUAAACCGACAAAGAGUGAACGCCGGGCACACAGGCACCUUUCACAGAGCAGCAGGCCACGUUACAGGCCACGUUUCGUCCACACUCGGCACGCACGCUCACUAUCGGUGGAGUUUGAGGGUGAGAUUUACGCCGUGGAUCUGCAGGAGGAUGACAGGCUGGCUACGGAGCCUCAGCCAAUCAGCAAGCGCCAUCACGAGCCCGAGACCUCCUUCGACCCUGACUUUAAUCUGGAGUCGGACGACGCUUCAGAAGAGAUGCUCGCAGAUGAUACGAACGCCGUUGGCUACCCGAAUUCACUCAAAGUCACACACAAGUGCUACAUCCUGCUGAACGACAGCGUACGCUGUGAAAGAGAGAUCUACCAGUCUUCCAAAGCCUGGAAAGAUCACAAGAGUUUUGUCGAUCAGGAGAUCGAGCUGCUCCAGGAUAAGAUGAAAAAGUUACGAGAAGUCCGCGGGCACCUGAAGAGCAGAAAGCCAGAUGAGUGCGACUGCGGAAAGAAAAGCUACUAUAGCAAAAAGAAAGAGGACAGAAUGAAAGCGGAGAGGGGGAAGAGCAAGAAUGGCCGUCUCCAUCCCUUUAAGGAAACGGUGCAGGAAGUGGACAGCAAGGUUCAGCUCUACAACGAGAUCCGCCGAAGGAAGAAGGAAAGGAAAGAGAGGAAGAGGCAAAAGAAGGGAGACGACUGUAGCUUGCCUGGUCUCACCUGCUUCACCCACAACAACGACCACUGGCAGACUGCCCCCUUCUGGAACCUGGGAGGUUUCUGUGCCUGCACCAGCUCCAAUAACAACACCUACUGGUGUCUGAGGACCAUAAACGAAACCCACAACACACUCUUCUGCGAGUUUGCAACUGGAUUCCUGGAGUACUUUGAUCUGAACAGUGACCCUUACCAGCUAAGCAAUGCGGUUUACACGGUGGACCGAGACGUCCUAAACCAGCUCCAUCUGAACCUAAUGGAGUUGAGGAGCUGCCAAGGCCACAAGCAGUGCAACCCCAGACCGAGAAGCACAGACACAGCACUCAGCCUGCAUGGGACGGACGCCGACCUUAAGCUGCAAAACUUCAGCGAGGACGCCAACUGGCAAGGACUGGCACAACUGUACAGCGUGAACGAGAGUCUGUUUGAGCACAGACAUGACUACAGUCCCAGCCUGGAAGACUGGGCCAACUUUGCGAAGGAUGUAGAUAGUAUGUUUGCACUGCUGAGCAAUUUAAAGAAACUGAACCGAACUGAGAUGCUGGAGCCGUGGGGAGACCUGGGGUCAGGGGCCGGGGGUGCAGAGGAGGCCAGCGGUGCAGGAGCUGCUGAGCAAGUGAACUGGCACUUGAUCACUUCAGGACCUCGGAAACCUACCCCCGUGACCCCUUUGACUCCUCAUUCGACCCAUAAAUCAGGCAACGAUCUCCCAGGAGAUCUUUCUCCUAAACCUUCGGACCAUGCCUCGAACAGUCAGGAGGACUUGCUGGAUAAGAACCUGCGGAAGGAGCUGGACGGAGAUGACUUGAUCUUCAGCGGGAACGGACCUACGGAGCUCGAAACACGCAGCGAUUUUCUGUUCAGCAGCUCCGCCUUGGAGGCAGCCCGAGAUCUCGGUAGAACACGAGGAGAACAAGGACACCUUGCGGGCAAAAACGAGGAGGAAGAGGACAUCUUUGAGGCCCAGAUCUACCUGCCAGCCUGGCUUCCAAUGAAGGCAGAAGGGACGACCCCGUCCCAACCUCGCCUCCAAACGCUCCAUACACCCCAUGCCCAAGUGCCCCACGACUCUCAGGACUCAGAAGGCAGUGGUUUCCUGAUUCCCACCUCCAGCACAUCGCUCUGACACAAAAGUACGACCUGAAGCCAUUUCUGCUCAGAGACACUAAGUGCUGGAGCUCAGAGAUCGGGCUAAAUGUUCUAUUGUAUUAUGAAACAAUUCUGCGGUUUUAUUUUUUUUUUAAUCUGUGCUUUCAUUUAUUAGAAAUCAGUGUUAUGUGUUUUGUAAGAUAGGCCUAUAUAAAUAUAUUUAGAGAUCAAGAGCCUUAAUGCAGCCUCAGUGUUGGGUUUGUAUUGAAUUUAAUGAAGAACCCAAACAACACAGAGCUGUAAUGUAUUUUUGUAAAGUAUUGCUAUUGUUCGAUUGGUGAAAUCAUUGCACUCAGACAUAUAAGAACCACAAAAAAAAAAACAGCAUGGUAAAAUGGUGAAAGGUUUGAUGCACUUUCUUAAAAGACUGACUGACCAUCUUACAGAACAUGGGGGACACCAGGCUUUAACCUGAGAGCACACGAGAGCAAGAAAGAGUCUAUAUUAUUAUCUAAAAAAUAUGUAUAUAAAAAAAAAAUAUAUAUAUAUAUAUAUAUCUCAAAUAUUCCUGGAUAAGAAAAUUGAGGUUACAGUUCUAUUUUUUGCAUCACCCUCAUGUUAAGAAUACGAUUCAGAUGUUUUUUAUGCAUUAGUAAAUGUCUAGAAGGUGUUUAGGUUUUUUUGUUGGUGGGUUAUUGCACAACUCCUCAUUAGGGGUUACAGAAUUCCACCUUGCUUGCGCACAUUUUUCAGUCACAUUAAGAGAUUAAACGGUUAACGGGAGUGGUUUUAGGUUUGUUCCACGUCUGGAUUUAGUUUACAUAGAAUGCGUACACCAUAGAGCAGAUCAGAGGAAACUGUAACCAUUGUGACUCUACAAUCAGAACGAUGUGCUGCUCUCGGCUUGUCUUCUCACUACUUGGUUUUUCUUUUUUUUCUGGAAACAAAAUGUCUGAUUUCAUGGUUGAAGUUAAAUGUCUUUUUCUGGACUGGUUGUACUAAAAUGCAUAAAAUGCUGAUUUUUUUUUUUUUUUUUCUUUUUAAAUCCUUCAGAGGUGUUGAAACAAUUCUGGCUUCUGGAAAGCCAAGAAGCUGUUCUGAAAUAAACCUUUUUAAACCUGA